UUAUACUGCAGGUAACUGUCAGUUUUAAAUUUAAAUUUUGAAUUUAUUAUCAUAAAGUUUGUUCUAACUGAUGUAAAACUUUGUUUUUGUUAUAAUAUUAAAAGUAUAACUUAUAUAAUAACUUUAAUAUGAAUUUAUUAAGUGCUGUGUUACAAGAAGUGGACAAGGCAAGUACUGAUGAGCUAAAAAAACGUCAAGAUUUGCUCAUUCCCAAAAUAAAAGACCUUAUUGAAAGGGUGCAAUUAUUGACUUUUUCCUUACAACAGAAUUUCAUUGAUACCUAUAUUAAUUUUACGCCGACCAAAAGUUUAGAACAACUUAAUUAUAAAAACAGAAAGACCAAUAUUGAUAGCGAUUACGCAAACUUAAACAAAGAGGUGGAAUCUUUACGAAAAGAUUAUGAUCAUAGUAACGACGAGUUUAGUAAAUAUUUUGAUAAAAUGUGCAAAUCAUACGAAAUGUUAAAUGAUUUGUGUGUCGCAGUUGAAGGGAAGAAGAUAUUGGAGCAAGCUAAUCAUGAGUUCGAUAGAUAUAAUUACAGUGAUGCAAUGUUGGGAAUUAUGGAUUUAAAAAAGCAAUUAAGGAAUUUGAAACUCGCUAGUAAUUUGGAUAAAGCACUCGCCAACCUAAACGAGCAGGCAGAGAAUCAAUUGGCACUUUACACAGCAAAUGUGAGUGUUGAAUGGGAAGACAUUUUUACUUGGUCUGAACAAAGGGGUGUCUACUAUUUGAAAUAUUCUUUAUCUGUACAACAAAGUGAUCCAAUACUUAUACAGAGAGUAUUAAAGACGCUUCAUGUAACUGAGAGGUUGAACGCUGAGCUCGGUUUAUUUUCUAACUUUUUUAUAGAGAAAUUGCUUCAUAAUGUUAUAAAACACAACUGUGAUAUAUUUACAGACGAUCACAUUGGUGCUGUGGUAUUCAAUAUCAAGAUAGACUUGAAUGACAAUAAGAAACCAAAUUACCAAACAAUAUUUAAUAAUUUAACAGCUGUUUUUGAGUUCCUACAGUCCACUCUUGGUUCUCAUUUAAUUGAUAGCGAUCAGACAUUCAUUGAAAUUUUUGCAGAGUCUAUAAGGAAAAAGUUUUUUGAUAAAAUUAUAGAGGAUUGCAUAAAGAACAACUUACCAACUUGUGAUAGCACUUAUCAGAAUUAUAAAAAUAUUGUUAUCGAAUUGGAUUCUUUUAAUAAAUUCUUAAUCGAGUUGAAAUUUGUCAAAGCUGAUGAGUCACCUCUCAACAAGUAUAUAAAUGAUACUGAAUGUGUAUUGUAUAACAAGAAAUGUGAUAAAUUACUAUCAGAUGUCCGUUCAUAUUUGUUUGAAAGUCUCUCAUAUGCCACAAGCGUUGUUGGCUCUGAAAGUGUAGUUCCCAAUGAUUCUAUAUUGGAUGUUGCAGUCAAGGAAGAUUUGUGGAAUCAUGAUAAACCAUUGUUCCUGCCUAAAUGUAUCGUAUCUCAAAAUGUUAAAAAAAUUAUGGCAUUAAUAGUAGAACAUUUAGAAGAGAGUGUGAAGUUGCCUGAGAGAUAUAGUCAACAGCUUGUGGUAUACAUAAAAGAUGUAGCUGUAAUGUAUCAAUGUGUGGUACCUAAGAAGUUUAAGAUCAAUUUAGAGUGCUGCCCUCUAGAUAUUGCAUUAUUUUUCAACAACUGUUUCUACUUAGCUCAUAGUCUACUGGGUCCACCUUGGAAGGUAACCCUCCCCAGCAACUUGUCUGACCAGCUGAUGACAGUACUCCUGGAGUCCAUUCAAAAUCUGAGGGUAUUGGGAUUAGAGAAGAUGUCUCUUUAUUUGCAAAAUCAAAAGAAUAUCAUUACUCAAAAAAUUGAAACUGAAGAACCAACUGAAUGGACACAUGAAAGCUACGAUCUGUUUGAUAAUGCAGUUAAUAGUACUAUGACUUUACUGAAGGAACUGAAAACCAGUUGGUUCAACGUACUGCCAGCUAGCAUGUAUGAGAUGUCUAUCUGCACACUGAUCCAGGCGCUCUGUCAAUCGAUAUUACACAGAGUAUUUGCAGACAGUAGGCAAAUAAAUGAAGAACUGGUAUAUAUGUUGGCUGUGCGAUUGGAAGAUGUCACGUCGGAGUUCUUGACUUUGUUUGAGGAGCCCAUACAAUUUGAGAAUAAAAUAAAUGUGUGGAACAAAUUCACAAUGCUGCCACAACUGUUGAAAGCUCAACUCUUGGAGACGGCUGACCUGUGGAACAGGAACAAGGAGUUCUCCCAGUGUUACACGUGCGAAGAGAUACGGCAAAUUACGGCAUUCGUGAUCAUCGCGUUAGUGAUCGUCGUCAAUCAAGGACGAGAUGUAACAGCAGAGGGUAAUGUCAAAGUGGAUCAAAUAGCGGAGGAAGCAAAGAACAUCGCCUUGACAAUCAUAGACAAUCCAAAGUACGUAGUGCUAAAUGACACGAACCAACAACCGUUAAGAUCAAGUGGUCAAAAUCGUCAACCUGAACACAGACCACCGAGUAAACCACCUCUCAACCCUGAUAAACCAACACAACAGAAUUAUGGGGAAUUGCAACGGCUGCACUACAGCUCAAUACAGAAAGUGCCGCUCCAACGGCAUUACUACCCUCAAACGCCACACCAUUUAUAUUACUCAGCAAAUUCAGUAUACAAAUUCCCAAAAGUGAUACCAUUACCACCACACAAAAACGCGUAUUACAUAAAGAAACAACAAAAACCACUAGCAUUCGCGUCUUCAACAAAUAAACCCAUAGUUUUGAAAAGUCCAAAAUUCAGUUUACCGGUUCAGACGAUCACUGGGGUUCGAAAAGAUAUAGUUAAACCACCACCGUAUUUUAACACUACUACAACAACCACAACUGUUGGUACGACUACAAAACGACCCUUGAGGGUAAAGCGAAUAUGGCCAAAAAAAAUUUUAGAAAAAAUGAACGCCACUCUACAUAAUACAACAGCAAGCAAUGAUACGAAAUCUACGAACACAAGUAUCAACCAAAUAGAUUAUGAGACCUCAGAAACUGCAUAUAGAAUCAAAUAUGUACACAAAAAUUCAACUGAGACCACCACUGAGCCAACAAAAAAACGCCAAUAUCGACCAGUAACUCGUUUACCAAAAAUACGAUCCACAACUACUCCAACAGUAAACUUAACUGAAAUCGAACCAAACGAUUGGAUACCUCUGGUACCCUCUCAUUAUAGCCAAUCAAGAAGACCAGUUUUAACACGAAUUACUAAAAGAUCAGAUACAUUUCCCAGCGGCGAAGAGCCGGCAGUUCCUCAUAAACGCAUGUUAUAUUUACAUUCGUUUGGAUUAAUACCUGUGGAUCGUUUGCAACAUCCUAUAUCCGCAUCAGAUAGAAAAAAAAUGACAUUUUUUAGAAAAAGAAAGCGACAAUUGAACCCUUACUCUGGUUACAGUCCGAAACCUGUGAUUGCGUCAACACCACACUACUUUCUCGGUGAUCUCCAAGCUGAAGGAAGCCAACAUCAUCCAAAAGUUGUGACAAAAAUCAAACAUCACCACCAUCAUCACCAUCACAGAUAUAUCAAAACAGUUGAAAAACCAGUGAAAAUUCCUUACAAAGUUGAAGUGCCGAAACCAUAUCCCGUUCCAGUAGAAAAGAAGGUAGCUGUACCGGUUGAGAAACUGAGAAUAGUGGAAAAGCCUGUGCCCUACCCUGUGACAGUGGAGAAAAAAGUGCCUUAUCCCGUUGGGAUUAAGGUUCCUCAUCCAGUGCCUGUGAAAGUCAUUGAAAAAGAGUAUGUUCCAAAACCAUACCCAAUAGUUCAUCACGUCCCUGUGUUAAAACAGGUCGAAGUGAAAGUGCCUCAACCUGUACCUGUGCACGUAGAGAAGAAAGUACCAUAUCCAGUGGAGGUGCAUGUGCCUGUCGAUAGACCUGUUCCUGUGCCCGUCACAGUAGAAAAAAGAGUGCCUUAUGCUGUCCCUGUCAAAGUGUUAGUACCUCAACCAUAUCCAGUUGAGACUAAAGUACCAUACCCAGUCCAAGUUAAAGUCAAAGAGCCAUUUGAAGUGAUAAAACAUGUUCCAAUAAGAGUACCGGUCCCCCAACCAUUCGCAGUUAAAGUACCACAACCAGUUCCUGUGCCGGUUGAGAAGAAAGUACCAUAUCCUGUGGAAGUUGAGAAGAAAGUUCCAGUGCCUUUCGAAGUAAUUGUACCACAAAAGGUAGAAGUCGAGAAAAAGGUUCCAAUAUACAUACCCAAACCUUACCCGGUGGAGAAAAAAGUCCCUGUUCCAGUGAAAGUGCCUUAUCCGGUAAAAGUACCCGUAAAAGUGCCAGUACAAGUGCCCAUCGAAGUUCCAGUAUAUAUCCACGAUCCAUACGUUGUGUACAGUGACGAGUAUUACGGGCCGGGAGCUGCAACGGCUACUGAAAAUGCGGUGACCCACGACCCCACACAUAGUGUAACAGUGCAUGGAAAUACGGGAUUCACUGGUUUCAAAUCGCGUUCUGAUACCGAGGACAGUGUGUCUACCACGGUGACCUCUACAUCUAACUCUUGAAGGAUAAUUUAUAUCUCAACAUGCGUUGUAAAUAAUUUAUGCAUCUGAACUUUUCGCCGAUCAAUAAAAACGUUCUCGAUCUGCAUAAAGCCAAGGUGUUAAGUACCUUUAUAAAUUAUGUAAGUUAUUGAUGUUUGUCGAAUGCUUGUUGCCUGUUGUUGAUCCGAUUUUGAGUAAAUGAAUGCCGCUGUGAUACAUUUGUAUUGUUAUUAAAUAUAGUUUCAUAAUACUUAGAAAUAUUUUAUAUCAGUCAAUCAUAUCAGAAUCAACAGGCUAGAACAGUUAAAAGUAUUUCUUCAGUAGACCGGCAU